GCUGCCGCCCCCUGCCAGUGCGGGGUGGGCGCCGCCAGGGGCAGGCAGGAGGGCGGCGGGUUCGAGUCCCGCCUCCGCCAGCCCGAGCCGGGAGCCGCCGCUCCGCUCUGCUCCGCGCUGUCCGCAGCCCGCCGGGGAGGGGCGGAGAGCUCGGGGUGGAUCCGUGUUGAUUUUAUUUCUUUAUUUUUAAUUUUUUACUUUUAAUUUCCUCCCCGUUUCCCUGCUUCCGCGGAGGCCGCGGCUCUCCCGGUGCGGUGCCAGUCCCGCGGGGCCGGAGUUUCGCCGGAGUUUGUGCGGACUUGGGGCCGCCCCGCCGCCGCCGCCAUGCCCGUGUUCCACACGCGCACCAUCGAGAGCAUCCUGGAGCCGGUGGCCCAGCAGAUCUCCCACCUGGUCAUCAUGCACGAGGAGGGCGAGGUGGACGGCAAGGCCAUCCCGGACCUCACCGCCCCCGUCUCGGCCGUGCAGGCCGCUGUCAGCAACCUGGUGCGGGUUGGAAAAGAGACAGUUCAGACAACAGAAGACCAGAUCUUGAAAAGGGAUAUGCCACCAGCAUUCAUCAAAGUGGAGAAUGCCUGCACCAAACUUGUCCGGGCAGCCCAGAUGCUGCAAGCAGAUCCUUAUUCGGUACCAGCUCGUGACUAUCUGAUUGAUGGAUCAAGAGGUAUCCUUUCUGGAACAUCAGACUUGCUUCUGACAUUUGAUGAAGCAGAGGUCCGUAAAAUCAUCCGUGUCUGCAAAGGAAUAUUGGAAUAUCUGACUGUGGCGGAAGUAGUAGAGACUAUGGAGGAUUUGGUGACAUACACAAAGAAUCUAGGGCCAGGAAUGACAAAGAUGGCGAAAAUGAUUGAUGAAAGACAACAGGAGUUAACUCAUCAGGAACAUAGAGUUAUGCUGGUAAACUCCAUGAAUACUGUGAAGGAGCUAUUGCCAGUACUUAUUUCAGCUAUGAAAAUUUUUGUAACCACGAAAAACUCUAAAAGCCAGGGAAUAGAAGAGGCCUUGAAAAAUCGCAAUUUCACAGUAGAGAAAAUGAGUGCUGAGAUAAAUGAAAUAAUCCGUGUAUUACAACUCACUUCCUGGGAUGAAGAUGCCUGGGCCAGCAAGAAGGACACUGAAGCCAUGAAAAGAGCUUUAGCCUUAAUAGAUUCAAAGAUGAACCAGGCAAAAGGUUGGCUGAGAGAUCCAAAUGCACCUCCAGGGGAUGCUGGUGAACAAGCAAUAAGACAGAUCCUUGAUGAAGCUGGAAAAGCAGGAGAACUGUGUGCAGGCAAAGAACGCAGAGAGAUUCUGGGGACAUGCAAAACUCUGGGCCAGAUGACUGAUCAACUAGCUGAUCUCCGAGCUAGAGGACAGGGUGCUACGCCAAUGGCUAUGCAGAAAGCGCAGCAGGUGUCGCAAGGCCUGGAUAUGCUCACUGCAAAAGUGGAGAAUGCAGCCCGGAAAUUGGAGGCCAUGACAAACUCUAAGCAGGCUAUUGCUAAGAAGAUUGAUGCUGCUCAGAAUUGGCUUGCAGAUCCUAAUGCGGGCAGUGAAGGAGAGGAACAUAUUCGGGGAAUUAUGGCUGAAGCAAGGAAAGUUGCAGAACUAUGCGAGGAGCCUAAAGAAAGAGAUGAUAUCCUUCGUUCCUUGGGAGAGAUCUCCGCUUUGACAGCUAAGCUGUCUGAUCUGCGACGACAUGGGAAAGGUGACUCUCCUGAGGCCCGUGCACUGGCUAAGCAAAUAGCUACAGCACUUCAGAAUUUACAGUCCAAAACAAACAGAGCUGUAGCAAAUACUAGGCCAGUUAAAGCAGCUGUCCAUUUGGAGGGCAAGAUUGAGCAAGCUCAAAGGUGGAUAGACAAUCCUACAGUUGAUGAUCGGGGAGUAGGCCAGGCAGCAAUUCGGGGUCUGGUCGCAGAAGGUCGUCGUUUAGCCAAUGUCAUGAUGGGACCUUAUCGUCAAGACCUGCUUGCCAAAUGUGACCGUGUAGACCAGCUGGCUGCUCAACUUGCUGACCUCGCAGCGAGAGGGGAGGGAGAGUCUCCUCAGGCUAGGGCAAUUGCUGCUCAGCUUCAGGACUCGCUGAAGGAUCUUAAGGCACGGAUGCAAGAAGCAAUGACCCAGGAGGUUUCUGAUGUUUUUAGUGACACUACAACUCCUAUUAAGUUGUUGGCAGUAGCAGCCACUGCUCCUUCUGAUACUCCCAAUAGAGAAGAGGUGUUUGAUGAAAGAGCAGCAAAUUUUGAAAACCAUGCUGCUAGACUGGGAGCAACAGCAGAAAAAGCAGCUGCAGUUGGAACUGCUAAUAAAACCACUGUGGAAGGCAUUCAGGCAACAGUGAAAUCAGCAAGGGAACUUACCCCACAGGUAGUAUCAGCUGCUCGAAUUCUUUUGAGAAAUCCUGGAAACCAAGCUGCUUAUGAACAUUUUGAGACAAUGAAAAACCAAUGGAUUGAUAAUGUAGAAAAAAUGACAGGGUUGGUGGAUGAAGCCAUUGAUACCAAGUCUCUGUUGGAUGCAUCAGAAGAGGCUAUUAAGAAAGAUCUUGACAAGUGUAAAGUUGCAAUGGCCAAUAUGCAACCACAGAUGCUGGUAGCUGGCGCCACCAGCAUUGCUAGACGAGCAAACCGCAUCCUAUUGGUGGCAAAACGAGAGGUUGAAAAUUCAGAAGACCCUAAAUUCCGGGAGGCUGUUAAAGCAGCCUCUGAUGAGCUAAGCAAAACUAUAUCACCGAUGGUAAUGGAUGCUAAAGCUGUGGCAGGAAACAUUUCUGAUCCUGGUUUGCAGAAGAGUUUUUUGGAUUCUGGAUACAGAAUUCUUGGAGCUGUGGCCAAAGUCAGAGAAGCUUUUCAGCCUCAGGAACCAGAUUUUCCCCCUCCUCCUCCUGACCUUGAGCAGCUUCAUCUGACUGAUGAGCUUGCUCCUCCAAAACCACCACUUCCAGAAGGUGAGGUUCCCCCACCCAGACCACCACCACCUGAAGAAAAGGAUGAAGAAUUCCCAGAGCAGAAAGCAGGAGAAGCUAUUAAUCAGCCCAUGAUGAUGGCUGCUAGGCAGUUGCAUGAUGAAGCACGAAAAUGGUCUAGCAAGCCUGUGACUGUGGUUAAUGAAGCGGCUGAGGCUGGUGUAGAUAUAGAUGAGGAGGAUGAUGCAGAUGUUGAAUUCACUCUCCCCUCUGACAUUGAAGAUGAUUACGAGCCUGAGCUGCUGUUAAUGCCAACCAAUCAGCCUGUUAACCAACCCAUUCUGGCUGCUGCUCAGUCUCUACAUCGGGAAGCAACCAAGUGGUCUAGUAAGGGUAAUGACAUCAUUGCUGCUGCUAAACGAAUGGCGCUGCUCAUGGCAGAGAUGUCACGCCUGGUGAGAGGAGGUAGUGGAAACAAGCGUGCCCUUAUUCAGUGUGCGAAGGAUAUCGCUAAGGCCUCAGAUGAAGUCACUCGACUGGCCAAAGAGGUGGCCAAGCAAUGCACCGACAAACGCAUUAGAACGAACCUCUUGCAGGUCUGUGAGCGAAUCCCAACCAUCAGUACACAACUCAAAAUUCUUUCCACUGUCAAAGCUACCAUGCUGGGCAGGACUAAUAUCAGUGAUGAAGAAUCAGAACAGGCAACUGAGAUGUUGGUUCAUAAUGCCCAGAACCUCAUGCAGUCUGUAAAGGAAACUGUGAGAGAAGCUGAAGCAGCAUCCAUUAAAAUAAGAACAGAUGCUGGAUUCACUCUUCGCUGGGUCAGAAAGACUCCGUGGUAUCAGUAGACACUAGCCACAUAAGUAUUGUCUUCUGUAACUUAAAAUGCCUUUUUUUGGAAACGGAAGAUUUAUUAACAGCAAAAGGUGCUGUAUACAUAAGCUUAAAAUUAGCUUAUGCUAAUGCCCCAUUCUAAGGGUAUGAAUUAUAAGAGAAUGCAUUUCAAAUAUCUUCAGAACCCAUUUGAUAUCAAACACCUCGAAGUCGUUUCUGAUAGUAGACAGUUCUUAUCUUUUUUUUUUUUUUUUUUUUGCUUAUGAAGAUUCUCUUGAAAUCUGUAAUCCCAGAAGCACAUUUCAUUUAUGCACUGCAUAUUCCAGUAGUUUCCAUGUGAUGGUAUAAUACGUGCACCUCACUUUAAGCUUGUGUUGGGAGUCUGGGACACUAACAGCAUUAUUAGGCAGUGAUUUAGGGACAAUCAAGGCUAUGUAAAAAUUCACCUCUUCAACAGGAAUGUAACUGGUUGUUCUUAAACCAUUCAGAAGUGGUGGAAGGUUUGGAUUUUUUUAAAAAAGAAAAAGGGGUGGGAAGGGGAAAGCCAUUGUAAGAUGAGGAUUGAAAUCUCACAUCUGAAAUUAUGUUUUUAAUUUUUAUUUUUUAUUUUCCUGUUGAUUUUUGCUUGGCAACAGUACUUUAGUGAAAACUGGAGCUGUCUGUCACCCUCCUGUCACCGUGUAGGUAUGCAUUUCAGUACUUGUGCUAUACUGAAAUGCUUCUAGGUGGAUGUUGAUAGCACACGGUUGUCAGCCUGAGCCUUACUGCUGGAGUCCUUAAUUCAUGCAGCUCUCCUUAUUGCUCAGUCUAACGAUGUACUGGGCUGAAAAAAUCUGGUUCUCUUAAACUAGCUACAUGCCCAAGUCCAGAAAGUGUCAUGUGCUAGCUCUCUCCUUGAAAAUACCUAAUGUGCACAAGCACAUGCAGUUAUUAUUAUUUUCCAUCUAAUGCUGUUGCAUCCACUCAAGAUGGAAAUUAGAAGAUUAAGAAUAUUAAAUUCAAAAGACCUUUUGCCAACUGCAUGUUUCCAGCAAUGCAGUAGUAGUGUGUAAGCUUUUGGAAACCCAGGCACUGCAGUGCAGGGAUGUGAAACUCCUUAGGUAGCAAGAUGGCUUCCAGCAAAGAGUGGUUCCUAAUGCUAAAUGAAAUGAGUAAAAAUAUCUGAGUACAAUAUACUUGGAGUUUGGAAAUUCAAAAGUUUUUGAAGUCUUAGUAAUUUUAAAAAACAAAACACACUGUUGAUAAAAGAGGCUUCAAAAGUUUUUAUCCUUCCAUUAUGUAACAUGCCUUCCUACAUAUAGUUAUGUUUAUUUGCUCCAUUGUGUCUUUCGGCAUUUGACAGAUAGGGAGGAAUUACAGUUUUAGAACGGGUCUCCAUACAUUUGCAAGGAGCAUUCACAAACUUGUGCCCAAAUCAGCUUGGACCUCAUGAUGUCCUCUUCAUUUUCACUUGCUGAAAGAUGUUGAAUGACCUUUACUAUAGUGCCCUUGUUAGACUGAUUUUUUUUCCCCUGCUUGAAGGAAAAGAGAGAGAACACUCAGCUGUUCUUUGCCUGUCUGUGACACUUGGACUUUCUCCCCCUGCCCCUUCAUUGCACUGUUAUCUAAAAAGGGAAGUUAAAGUGAUUAUAAUACAUCUGCCUCAAACUAACUGACCUUUGCAAGAAAAAGUGUGUCUUCAUCUUCAACUCACUCUCCUGGUGUCUGGGUAUUAUGAAACACAUGGUACUUAGGAUCUUUCCUUAGUAUUCUCUUCCUGUGAUUACCUGGAACAGGAGGAGUAAGGAAGGAGUGCCAGAGCCUUAACCUGAAUGUCUUGCGUUUGGUUGGUUUAUACCAGAUCUCUAACGUAAUUGUAAUGUCGUAAUUUCUAUUUAAUAGUAAAUAACACUGAAUAGGUAGGGGUUAUUUUUAAGGGAUUUUCUAAAUAGUCUUCCUGCAUUUCAAUACUCCUCACACUCCCACCCCUCUCUGCCCCCCCAAACCCUCUUUCAAGCUUCUCUGUGAGAUAUUUUUUUUCUCUUUAGUAUCACUGUUUAGUUGCUUGACUGAUAUUAAUGCAAUAUUACUAAUGCCUUUAAUACAUAAUUGUUUAUGCCAAAGAUCACUUUUUGUUUGAGUAAUGUUUGCAGGAAAGUUAUAAAUCAUGGUUGCCUUUGAUAUUCUUCCAGAAUGUUUGCUGUAAGUUCUUAAAUUGUUUUGUAGAAGCUGAGAUACUCGUUCACCUUAUGCAAUUACUGCUUUUUUGAACACUAUUGGUCUUCAGACCUGAAAUGCAGCAGAAAUUUUAAAAAAGACCAUGAAUGUCAUUUAGAAAUGUUUUACCACUAUAAAACUUUGUUUAUAAACCAAAAUGUGUUGUAUAGUCUAACGUUUUCAACCUUUUUCUUUGGUUCUGUUAAAACAAUAAAACUGCAUUUGUACAAAA